AUGUUGUCGUCUACAGAUCGCUGUGAAUACGAAGAAAAUAAAGAUUUUCUCCAUGAAGAGAAGUGCUUUGUGCUAGAAGGAGAUCCUAAAGUAUCAAAAGAACCCGUUCCUCUAUCUGCAAUUACACGAAAACAUAAUACCAGGGCUGAGAAAAGAGCUAUUGAAAAAUUAAGGCAGGACGCUUUAAGAGUAAGAAAUGCAGAGAUUCUUGGAAGUUCCUCAUUCAUCAAUGAGAAUCCAUCUGGCUCAUCAGCAUCAGGGUCGAUCACUAAUAGUAGGGAGCCUUCAGAAGUACGAGAAAAGUCUGCUGUUACUGAGCUGGAUAAUUUUGGCCAAGACGGGGGAAAUGAUUCUGCACAUGAUCUUAUUGCUCGAAUUGAAGACAGCAGAUCAGAAACUGAGGGGCAAGACUAUCAAGGAUUUUAUUCCUGUCCUCCACAAGCAACUUUGGAAAAAGUACUCCAGUUUGAGAUGAUGGCAAAGAGUUUAAGGACGAAAUUUAAUGAGGAGCAAAAACGUUUGAAGGAACAUACCCAUUACCAAUAUCAGGAUCCUGAAACAGAAGACGGAGAAAUGAAAGUUGAGUUGCUGAAAAAUUCUAACAUAUGGAUUGAUCCGGCUGAUAAGAAGCUUAUUAGGACAGUAUAUAAGCAUAGUGCUACUGAAAUGACGCGGAGAACAUUUGCCAGUCUUUUUGGUAGCCAGAUGGACUUUUCCCAAAUGUCAAAAAGCGGCCGAGGAAACUCCAAUGGGCCUUUAAUUGGUUUCCCUCAACAUUUACUCAAUGAUGUUUUCCGAUUCGUCUCGAAAUAUCGGGAUGAUAACAAAAAAUUCGACCAAAGAGCCUUCAACCGCUGCAUCACUAACAUGUGCAAUGCAGCACGCAACCCAAAGUCACCUCACCGAAGUUCUGCGAGGAAGCGAAUUCGCGCAAAUCCGAUUAGGAAGACUCGAAAGCAGCCCGGUUCCCAGGACAAUAUGAAUAUUCAAGAAAAGACACAUGAGUCCACAAUCGCUACUGCUAUUCCUCACAUCCUUUCCAGUCCGUCUCAAAAUUAUCCAUCCCCUUCAUCUCAAUACUCCACCAAUGACUACCCUCCGAUGCAUCACUUUUCUCCAAACCAGUACCAGUUUCCUACAAAUCCUUGCCCUCAAACUCAGUAUGAUCCAAAUAAUUAUCCUCAAAAUCAAUAUCUACCAAGCUCAUAUCUUCCAAAUACUGAAAAACCAUCAACCUCCAAAGCUGCAUCAACCGAAUUUGCCGAAUCACGAAAAGCCCCUUCUCCUCAAUUUAACCCAAUUUCAAAAUUAGAGUAUACUAGUGAUAAUUCUACUUCUGGACAAGAUUCAUCGUAAUGUUAUCAUCAUUUUCACACUGUUAAAAGUGUGAAUGAUAUUAAAGUUCUUUUCUGUCAUUUUUUGCUAUGAUUUAUGUGCGCAAGUUGCACGUUUGUUGUAAACUUACGCUAAUUACUAAAGAAAUUAUCCCACAAUAAUGGGAAAUUUAGAAUAAACGUGUACUUUUCCGACAAAAAUCAUAAUACAUAAAAAUACCAGUCUUCUUUGUAGGUAAUUGACAUGAAGAAUCAUAUUAAUUUUACUGCAAUGAUGGAUGGGAAUUUACAAAAUAUAAGAAAAAUGGUAGAACAUUUGAUUGUUUGUAUGUAGUUUUACAUCCGUGUGUGCAUAUUAUAACUUUUUUUUUAUUUUCCUACGAAUGUCAGUUGUACUAAAGAAUCCAGAGAAAUAUUGGUAAUUUUAUAAAAAUCGCAUAAGAAUGUUAUAAAAUAAUGUUAAGAAGCUGUUUUGGAACUCUGAAAUAAAGUUGUAAUACGAAAACAUCGAAUAUCGUUGUAACGUUCCCGCGAAUUCUAUAAGUAUUACUUGUAAAAACUUAUGUUUUGUUCUGUUUAAAUUUGUGAAUUUCUGCGGUAAACUACUAGUAUUUACGAAACGCUUUUGAAUUCAGUUUUCCGAUAUUUCAGCUUAUAUGAAAUUUCGUAUUUUUUGUAAUGACAUGUAAUCGUCUACAAUAAUUUACGUAAAUUUAAAAGUUUUUUUUAUGGCGUGAAGAACCCAAAUUUCAAAAAAUGUUCAAUCCUGUACUUCUCUA